GGGGGCGUCUCUUCUUAUCGUCGUCAAUCUUUAGGGUUAGAGCCUGAGCAAUGCUAGCGGAUCUUUUCUCCCGGCUCUGCUCCCUUCCGUGACCACCUCUCCCUCUUGAAUACGCCGGGGCGGGUAAGACGUGCCCAAGAGAUGAUUGUUCAGUUCAAGAAGAUGCAGAGUUCAGAAUAAUUUUGGUAAAUGGAUUCCAAUAUGGGGAAUAAGAGUAAGAUGAACAUUUGACCUGCUUUGAAGAAAUAUAUUGUCCAUUUGUUUAAUCUAUAACAACCAAACCAAUCAAAAUGAACUCGACAGUAUCUUCCCAGGUAGAAAAUCAUUCAGUGGAUUAUAAUUUUUCAGAGAAGAGUUCACAGCUUUUAGGUUUUGAAAAUGAUGAUUGCCAUCUGCCCUUGGCCAUGAUAUUUACAUUAGCUCUUGCUUAUGGAGCUGUGAUAAUUCUUGGGGUCUCUGGAAACCUGGCUUUGAUCAUAAUCAUCCUGAAACAAAAGGAGAUGAGAAAUGUUACCAACAUCCUGAUUGUGAACCUUUCCUUCUCAGACUUGCUUGUUGCCAUCAUGUGUCUCCCCUUCACCUUUGUCUACACACUGAUGGACCACUGGGUCUUUGGUGAGGCGAUGUGCAAGUUGAAUCCUUUUGUGCAAUGUGUUUCCAUCACUGUGUCUAUUUUCUCCCUGGUCCUCAUCGCUGUGGAACGGCAUCAGCUGAUAAUCAACCCACAAGGGUGGCGACCAAAUAAUAGACAUGCUUAUUUAGGUAUCGCUGUCAUCUGGGUUGUUGCCGUGGCUUCUUCUCUGCCCUUCCUGAUCUAUCAAGUCUUGACCGAUGAACCAUUCCAAAAUGUGACACUUGAUGCGUUCAAGGACAAGUAUGUGUGCUUUGAUAAAUUCCCAUCGGACUCUCACAGGUUGUCGUAUACCACUCUCCUGUUGGUACUGCAGUAUUUUGGCCCGCUCUGUUUUAUAUUUAUUUGCUACUUCAAGAUAUAUAUACGCUUAAAAAGGAGAAACACCAUGAUGGACAAGAUGAGAGAUAAUAAGUACAGGUCCAGUGAAACCAAAAGAAUCAAUAUCAUGUUGCUGUCCAUCGUGGUUGCAUUUGCAGUCUGCUGGCUGCCUCUCACCAUCUUUAACACUGUGUUUGAUUGGAAUCAUCAGAUCAUUGCUACGUGCAACCAUAACCUGUUAUUCCUGCUCUGCCACCUCACAGCAAUGAUUUCCACCUGUGUCAAUCCCAUAUUUUAUGGAUUCCUGAACAAAAACUUCCAGAGGGACUUGCAGUUCUUCUUUAACUUUUGUGAUUUCCGGUCUCGGGAUGAUGACUAUGAGACAAUUGCCAUGUCCACCAUGCACACAGAUGUUUCUAAGUCUUCUUUGAAACAAGCCAGCCCAGUUGGGUUUAAAAAAAUCGAUGAUGAUAAUGAAAAAAUCUGAAACUGCUGGUAACAUGCGGUCCCAGAUGACAUCUGUUGGAAAAAAGCACAGCCUGUAACAUACUUUUAUUGCCUGUCCUCCCAAGGAGUGAGGUUGAAAUCAUUUGGGAAAGACCAAGGUUUUCUUCUUGCUUUGUACUGCUUCCGUUGUAGUUGUCAUGAUUGCAUUUGGAACAACAUGUACAGACUUUGGAAUGUUCUGGCAAUAGUUUGAUCACAUAUCUUUGGAGUGCUUUUUGUGAACUUAACCAUAUAGCAUAAAGGUUUCUCUACUGUUUUUAUGGUAACAAAAAACUUUUAAGUAUUAUUAUUAACUGACUUUAGCAGCAUAAACUGCCUGAUGCUCUCAUAUAAUCUGUCAGUAAACUGGGCCAUCCAGAUUUAAUGAUAGACCUCAUUUUAGUAUGUUACAGAAGUGACGGUGUGCAAAAGAGGCAUUCGGGAUAUAAAAGGAAGAGAGUCUGUCUUGCAUACCUGCAGUCUGAAGUCAUUCAGGAGUGAUGUUUUUUAUUAUUAUUUUAUUUUAAGAGAAGAUUUAAUUUUCUCUUAGUUGAUUACCACAAAAUAAGAUAAUAAUGCAUUAAAAAUGCUUCUCAGCUGUGAGCAUCGUGGGGACUCAGGCCACCCACAAGAAUUGAGUGGGAAAGCAGUUUCCAAGUUUCCACACUGUUUUGGAAACUGACAACCAAAGAAUUUCAGAGUAAUUAGUUUAAUAAGUAGAUAAAUCUUGCUGCUUAUUCAUUUCACAUUUGAAUUGAUGGGCAAGAGAAGUUCCGUUCUUUACAGACUGUUCAGUUUGUCAGACUUUUCUAGCAUAAAAAACAUUUCCCAUUUACAGUAUGUAGAAACGCUAAAUGUAUUUUCCAUACAUCAGUGCCUAUAGAGUAACUCCUUUUUGACUUCCACUGUCCAUCUUUCAGAGAAGAUGAUACCAAGGUACAACGUUAAAAGAAUGUUUACUCCAGCUAGCAGAACGUUUCAUGUAGCCCAUGUUAACUUGUGUAAACUAAGUGUGCCUUUUGAAGUUUUAUAAAUAGAGCACCAGAUCGAGUCCUGGGUAGUUGUGUCGUGUUACUAUACUUAAUACUGUGAAUCUUGUAAUCAUGGUUGGGUGAGUCUCAGAAUCAUUUGGACAAGAGAUAUGUUAAAGAACAGGAUGUAUCUUCAACGUGUUGUGCCAAGUAUUAAAUGUGUUUGAAUUCAGAAGGGCAGACCUUUUCUUGAUUAGUUUUUCUUUUCUCUGAGGAGUCUGUUAUCUCUCUCUUCAGCGUUACUUUUUUU